AGAGGGGUAUACAGGAGAGAGGACGCGGCUCAUUGAAAUUACAGGCAGAGCUACUUUUCUGGAUCAGUUUGACUUCCAUGUACUGUAGCGAGCAUCAACCUGGGCUUCUAUAACACCUUGACAGAAACAGGCUGGCGCAAGGGGGAUUAUGAAUUGUAUUUUCAUGUAUCCGUCUCUCUUUUCAGGGUAGCCAACCAUAGGGCGGAGGGACGCAGUACGGCUGUUUCAUUUGGUGGAAACCGGAUUGUGGUGAUGCCUCCGAUGAGUCUGGGCGCUCAGCAGAAUUUAAAUUAGGUGUUCAGCAGCACUGUUUGUUGUGGAGAAAAGGACACGACAAAAAUCAUCACGGGAGAAAAGAAGCGGACAUUUAAAUGAAUGAAGGACAAAAUGACUUUAUACCUUUCUCGUCAUGAAGUGCUCUCCCCUUCCCGUAACUGAGUGGAUAAAUCGCCGGUUUGCCGAGCAAAUCAACAGGUCGGCAGCGUAAAACGCAUCGGUAUCAAGGGCGCACACGCUGAAGGGAUGUAUCUUUCUAUUUUGUUUUUCCUCUGUUUAUGGGCUCAAGCCCUAACUCUGAAAAACUUGAACUAUUCUGUUCCCGAGGAGCAAAAACAGAACACUAUAAUCGGUAAUCUCGCCAAAGAUGCUAACAUUGAAAUAAAUGUAACGGGCCAGAAAUCCAACUUCAGGGUGUUGGAGAAUUCUGCCCGGCAUCUCGUAGACGUGGACCCCACGAGCGGACUGCUCAGGACUAAGCAGAGGAUUGACAGGGACACGUUGUGCCAACGAAACCCCAAGUGCCAGCUCUCCAUGGAGGUAUUUGCCAACGACGCAGAAAUAUUCAUGAUUAAAAUCGAAAUACAGGACAUAAACGAUAAUUCCCCCUCCUUUCCCAACGACGUGAUUGAUCUUGAGAUCGCUGAGAAUGCGGCUCCAGGCACUCGCUUCCCCCUGACCGCCGCGCAUGACCUGGACUCCGGGGAGAACGGGCUGAAAACCUAUCAGAUCACGCGAGAUGAUUACAGCAUCUUUUCUUUGGAUGUAAAAUCAAGAGGAGACGGAACUAAAUUCCCAGAGCUGGUGAUUCAGAGGCCGUUAGACCGGGAGGAACGUAGCCAUCACACACUGAUCCUAACAGCCAUUGACGGAGGGGAAUAUCCCCGAUCUGGUACCAUGCAGAUUAAUGUAAAAGUUAUUGAUUCUAAUGAUAACAGCCCGGUGUUUGAGCAGCCCUCCUAUGUGGUUGAGGUUCCUGAGAACACCCCAACGGGAAGAGUAUUGAUAGAUUUAAAUGCCACAGAUCCCGAUGAAGGCAGUAACGGGCAGAUUGUUUAUUCAUUUAGUGGCUACACGCCAGACCGGAUCAGGGAACUGUUCUCUAUAGACCCUGAAACAGGUGUCAUAAAGAUUCAGGGGAAAAUCGACUAUGAGGAAAACCCAAUUAUAGAGAUUGAUGUCCAGGCAAAGGACCAAGGGCCCAAUCCCAUUCCUGGCCAUUGUAAAGUCACUGUUAAAGUGUCGGACAGGAAUGACAACUGGCCGUCCAUCAACUUUGUGUCUGUGCGACAGGGGGCCAUCAGCGAAGCGGCCCCAGGGACGGUCAUCGCUCUGGUGCGAGUCACAGACAAAGACUCAGGCCGGAACGGUCAGCUCCAGUGCCGCGUGCUGGGGAACGUGCCGUUCAAGCUAGAGGAGAACUACGACAACUUCUUCACCGUGGUGACGGACAAGCCGCUGGACCGGGAGCUGCAGGACGAGUACAACAUCACCAUCCUGGCCAAGGACAACGGCAACCCGCCACUCAACUCCACCAAGUCCUUCACCGUUAAGAUCCUGGACGAGAACGACAAUGCACCGCACUUCACCAAGCCUGUAUAUGUCAUGCAGAUUUCUGAGAACAACGUGCCUGGUGAGUACAUGGGCUCAGUUCUGGCCAUUGACCCUGACCUGGGCAUGAACGGAACCGUGUCCUACGUACUGCUGCCCUCUAACGUCAGCAGCGACUCCAUCCAGACAUUUGUGGGGGUCACGGCCUCCACAGGUGCCAUCUAUGCCCUGCGGGCCUUUAACUACGAGCAGACCAAGUACUUUGACUUCAAGGUGCUGGCGAAGGACUCGGGCUCACCCCACUUGCAGAGCAACGCCACGGUGCGCGUCAACAUCCUGGACGUCAACGACAACGUGCCCGUGAUCGUUCUGCCGCUGCUGCAGAAUGACACGGCGGAGAUCCACGUCCCGCGCAACGUGGGCAUCGGGCACAUUGUGACGACGGUGCGCGCCGUGGACAACGACUCUGGCGAGAGCGGGCGACUCACCUACGAGAUCACCGAGGGCAACGAGGAGCACCUGUUCGAGAUCGACCCGACCACCGGUGAGGUCCGCACCGCGCACCCGCUCUGGGAGGAGGUGGCGCCGGUCGUGGAGCUUGUCAUCCGCGUUUCGGACCACGGCAAGCCGUCGCUCGCCGACAACGCCAAGCUCAUCAUCAAGGCCUACUCGGGCACCCUCCCCGAGGGCGAGCCGCGCAUCAACGCCGAGCGGCACGGCUGGGACAUGUCGCUGCCGCUCAUCGUGACGCUCAGCAUCAUCUCCAUCAUGCUGCUGGCCGCCAUGGUCACCAUCGUGGUCAAGUGCAAGCGGGAGAACAAGGAGAUCCGCACGUACAACUGCCGCAUCGCCGAGUACUCGCACCCGCAGCUGGGCAAGAGCAAGAAGAAGAAGAUCAACAAGAACGACAUCAUGCUCGUGCAGAGUGAGGUGGAGGAGCGCGACGCCAUGAACGUCAUGAACGUGGUGAGCAGCCCGUCGCUCGCCACCUCUCCCAUGUAUUUCGAUUACCAGACGCGCCUGCCCCUCAGCUCGCCGCGCUCCGAGGUCAUGUACCUCAAGCCGGCCGCCAACAACCUGCCCGUGCCGCAAGGGCCCGUCGGCUGCCACACCAGCUUCACGGGGCCCGUCACCAGCACCACCGAAACCCCCACUAACAGGAUGUCCAUCAUUCAGACAGACAAUUUCCCCGCUGAGCCCAAUUACAUGGGGAGCAGGCAACAGUUUGUUCAAAGCAGCUCAACAUUUAAGGACCCCGAGCGGGCCAGCCUCCGUGACAGUGGCCACGGUGACAGCGACCAGGCCGACAGUGACCAGGACACCAAUAAAGGCUCCUGCUGCGACAUGUCGGCCAAGGAGGCGCUCAAACUGAAAGCUGCUGGACCCAAAACACAGCUACUGGAGCAAGCUACUGAGGAAGAGUGUGUGAACUGCACAGAAGAGUGCCGUGUGCUGGGCCACUCGGACCGCUGUUGGAUGCCCCAGUUCCCAGCGGGCUCCCAGGCCGAGGGCUCCGACUACCGCACCAACGUCUUCGUCCCCGCCGGGAUGGAGUCUGUCGCCGUGGAGACGGAGACCUACGAGACCAUCAACCCCAACGGCAAGAAGACCUUCUGCACGUUUGGCAAGGAGCGGCGCGACCACACCAUCCUGGUGGCCAACGUCAAGCCCUACCUGAAGGCCAAGCGCGCGCUCAGCCCUCUCCUCCAGGAGGUGCCCUCGGCCUCCUGCAGUCCCACCAAGGGCUGCUGCGUGUCCACCUCCUCCCCGCUGUCCUCCUCCAGCUCCUCAGUGACCUGCAAGGCCCCAGGGGAUGGCGCCGAGGGCCUGCCCAGCACCAGCCACCACCACCACCACCACCAGCAGCUGGGCCCCGAGGGCCAGUACCUGUCGCCCAGCAAGCACGGCCGCGAGCACCAGGGGGCCAGCACUGACCCAGUGGCCAAGGUGCUGGCCGAGGCACGCUCCCGGAUAAGCCAGGAGGUGGGCAUGGAGGAAGGCAUGGCUGGGGUGGUCAGUGUGGGGGUCGGGGGCGAGAGGGGUGGCCGGGAUGGCAUGGACGCCGACCAGGUGGUGCGCGACAUCGACAAACUGCUGCAGGACUGUCGCACCAACGAGAGCACCCCUGUCAGGAAGUGAGGUGGGCGCCCCAUGUCGGGCCGCGGUACGGACACUACUGAAGCCAUGUUUCAUUUUCUCUCAAAAGAAAAAGGAAAAGGAAAAAAGAGAAAGGGAUCACAGAACUGGACAGAGAUAUGGGAGAACACGAGCGGAAUUUUUAACGGACAAAGUCUACAAAGAGACAAAACUAUUUUCCCUCGGGUAAAGGACUCCACCAAAGGCACACACUGCAGUGGGCUUGUGGGGAUGCUCAUCCACCUUACACACACACACACACACACACACACACCCCCACACUCCCCACCCCAUCCCAGCAGAGGACAAACAACAUCUCCACUGCCUCAGAAAGGUUUUAGAAACGAAAAAAACCUGAAAGGUUUUAAUGCAGGAGGAGGGAGAAAACCUGGAGAACACACUUACGGACAGGAGCUGUUGUUGUGACUGUCUGCUCUGCUCAGUUGGGGCCAAGGGGGACAACACACACACAACACACACGCCAACAACGGCUCCUUUUGUUGCAAGCUUUUUCUUCAAAGUGCCCACCAGCUCAGAACUGUUCCUCUGCCGUAUGAAUGUGUGUGUGUUUGUGUGUGUGUGUGUGUGUGAGGGAGAGAAAGAGAGAGAGAGACUCUGCAAAAGACUGCUCGGUCAUAGGAGACGGGCAUAGCCUGACUACACCCUUUUGUGGACUCUGCCAGUCGCAUCCAAGUGUGGAGGUGAUCCGACUACACACGUCUAGAGCUACCCAGACCCAGAGACCGAAACACACACGCACACACCGAAACACACACACACACACACACACACACACAGACACACACACUUCCUUUACUGUAAACACGCUAUCUUUUUCUGACUUUGUAAUAUCAGUGUUUGAAGUGCAAAUGAUAUCUGGACACACAAAAACAGUUGGGGGCUUAACUUUGGUGGGGGUGGGGGAUAAUCGGUUGGAGGUGUGUUCUGAGCAGUGGGGUUGGGGGUUGGGGUUUCAAAUGAAAUGUAACCAUUUUUCAGCCAUCAUUUCUAGUCACGUGUGUAUACUGUGUUUUCUCUGCCCUUCUAUGUGUGCAAAGCCGACAUAACAGAACAUUCCAGUCAGUCUUGAGUCUAUCGUGUGAAAUACUUCAUUACCAUGAGCUACUUGUUCUUCGCGCACCAUGGCAGCAUACCUGUCCAACAUUAAACAAAAGGCAAUCACAAUCCUGUAUAUUAGGGACAUAUUUCCUUGACUGUGAAAAGAUAUAUCUAUAUAUACAUAUAGAUAAAUAUAUAUAUAUAUAUAUGAACUUAUACUGUAUAGUGCCCAGAUAUUAACAAAAUAUUUAUACAUUUUGUAAAAAAAGAGUCAAAAGAAAAAAGGAAAUCCAGCACACAAGCAGGAUGGACAUUUGGAGGGUGAAAAGUGUGUUGAAAUUGAUUUGCAGUUUAUGGUAAGCUAUUUAUUUAAGAAACUGCUGUGGACACUGCUACCGCCUUCAUAACGAAAACAAAAAAAGAUUCAAAAAACGAGAAAAAAGGAAAUGUCCCUUCACAUGAUCACUUAUACACUAUAUCAUUCAAUGUGUAAAAUGUGUCUGAUUCAAUGUGUUUACAUCCAAAUAUGACAUAUUUUUUAUUGAUUUUACUGCAAUUUCUGUGCAUAUGAGCCAAAUUGUUACGUGUACAAGAGCUAUAUUGUGUAUUUUAUUAAAUUAAUAUAUAGUUGUGUUGCAAUAUA